AGUAAAAUGAAACCAUUCGGCUUCUGUUUCUCACUGUUGGUUGGUGCAGUGGUUUUGUUAUUAGUCGAAGAUGCCCUGGCCGGAAGAGAUUUCUACAAUAUUCUGGGCCUUAGGAAAACGGCCAGCAAAAACGAGAUCAAAAAAGCAUACCGAAAACUAGCAAAAGAGCUGCAUCCGGACAAAAACAAAGACGAUCCGGAGGCUUCGCAAAAAUUUCAAGACUUGGGUGCCGCAUACGAGGUGCUAUCGGACGAUGACAAACGCAAACUUUACGACCGAUGUGGCGAGGAGUGUGUCAAAAAGGAGGGCAUGAUGGAUAACACAGAUCCUUUCGCGCAAUUUUUCGGCGACUUUGGUUUUGGGUUCGGAGGACAAGAGCAACGGGAAACGCCCCGAGGUGCUAAUAUUGUUAUGGAUCUUCACGUAACACUGGAAGAGCUGUACAGUGGUAACUUUGUGGAAAUUACCCGCAACAAACCUGUGAUGAAACCUGCUUCCGGCACCCGCAAGUGUAACUGCCGGCAAGAGAUGGUAACGCGUAACUUGGGCCCGGGCCGCUUCCAGAUGAUGCAACAAACGGUGUGCGACGAAUGUCCGAAUGUAAAACUGGUUAACGAAGAGCGCACCAUCGAAAUCGAAAUCGAACCAGGAAUGGAGGACGGACAGGAGACGCGAUUCUCCGGUGAAGGAGAACCACACAUGGACGGCGAUCCGGGAGAUCUAAUGUUGAAGAUCAAAACCGUUCCUCAUCAGCGAUUCGAACGACGAGGUGACGAUCUGUACACCAACAUUACGAUUAGUUUACAAGACGCACUGGUAGGGUUUACGUUGGAUAUCAGUCACUUGGAUGGGCACAAGGUGACGGUCACGCGGGAAAAGGUGACAUGGCCGGGUGCUAGAAUUCGCAAGAAUGGCGAAGGAAUGCCCAAUUACGAAAACAACAACCUCCACGGUACGCUGUACAUUACGUUCGAUGUCGAAUUCCCGAAGUCACAGCUGAGCGACACGGAGAAAGAAGAUAUUAAGAACCUGCUGAAUCAACCUUCCAACAAUCGCGUAUACAAUGGUCUGAGAUAUUCUUAAUUGAUCCCUGCAGCUGGGAACUGCAUUCAAUGCACUCAUGUAGGGCUUCAUUGUGAAAGGCAGUCUUUAUAAUCUAGGCAAACAACAAAUUUAGUUAUUGAACUUAGAUCAAAAUACCUUACGGGUUCAAUUAUUCGAUGUCCGCUGUGUUCGUGGUUUGUUUUCUGACCCCCAAACAAAGAAAUUAAUGACAAGAAAUAAACCAUGAAAACUUUUGCUUUAAGUUGGAUCGUACUCUAGUGCACUACUAGUUUCUCUUUCUUUUUUCCUAUUGAGACGCUCAAAACUCGUUGGACCGUUAUUGUGUCCUUUACAUAGUGUAUUUAUUAUUGGGUAACAAUUUACCUGUCCUCUUCAAAAUGCC